AUGUUGUGUGUAACUCUGAUAUUAAUUGCGAUAGUAAGCUGUGGAGCGAGCGAGAUACGAAAUGCAGUUGGCGCAGAAGACUUCCACAUAAAAGUUGUGUCAAUUGAAUCAUUAAAACCAAACGAUGAUUCACGGAUCGUAGGAGGUUCGCCUACAUCUAUACAGAACUUCCCUUACACUGUACAGAUCCUUAACAACGAGCGAUUUUCCUGCGGUGGUUCAAUAUUGACGACGCGUCACGUCCUGUCGGCAGCUCAUUGCUACUUUCGUAAUGGUACAUUUCUCGGCCCGGAACCAUUCUCGAUACGAGCAGGAGCCACGUAUUUAAAUGAAGCGGGUUCAGUCCACUCGGUAUCAACUAUUGUUAUCCAUCAUGGCUACAACCGCACAAUAACCGACAACGACGUGGCUGUGCUGGUCCUCGCCACUGUUUUAAGAUUUACUGUCACCAUACAGAGAGCCACCAUUCCCUUUCAGGGGGAGACCUUGACUGAUAACAGUACGGUAGUGGCUGUCGGAUGGGGGAGGACUAUAUCAGGUGGUGAGGUGUCGAAUGUGCUCAACGCAGUAUCUGUUCGGACGGUAAAUCGAGGUGUCUGCCGUCAACGUUACAUAGAGUAUGCAAGCAGACUUAACUCAUCUGCGACAGUCACCGACAACAUGAUCUGCGCUGGACUGCUCGAUAUCGGAGGGGCUGAUACAUGCCAAGGUGACUCCGGCGGUCCUCUAAUCUAUAACGGCACUGUCGUGGGCAUUACGUCCUGGGGUGCGGGUUGUGCUCAACCCUUAUAUCCAGGGGUGUACGCCAAAGUUUCGAGGUACACCACGUGGAUUAAUGACACGGUGACGACCUAUAACGGUUCUCCAAGAAGCCAGGCCGGGAUCAUAGCUGUGCUCAUGCCUUUUAUAUUCGUACUGUUCAGGGUGUGA